AUGACAACAUUGGUGGAAUUCGCGACUCCCUUCUUAGGGCUCGAUCGCAGCCGGAAGGCCCGCCCCGGCGCCAAGGACUCUAAGGGCAGCGGCGGUCCAAACGACAAAUGGUUCAUGGACUGUUAUUCCCACUCCAACUUAAGUACCAUCGGCGUCUACAUCACUCACAAACCUAUCAGUCCGAACCCAGCAUCUUCAUACACAGACACGUCGGCUCAUGUCGGCAACAACUGGACUAGCAGCUGGCCUGGCCUGCUACAACAAGGUUGGGGGGCUGUCUUCAUAUACGCCGGGUAUACCACCAAGACAAUUGUCAUCAACGCGGUCGUCUUCCUGGACAAUGAAGGUGGUAGACUGGCGUUGGACACCGACCUUCUCAAGUACUACACCGCUUUGUACGACGAGCUGCGGAAACCCGGGCCGAAGGAGUGCCAGCCCGUUCGACCUGGCGUAUACGCCUGGGGUGCCAACUCCUGUGAGCUCUUGAGACUUCAUCCUGACCUGUUCGUUUGGUGGCUGGAUCAUCGCUUGGACGAGGUUGCAGUGCGGAAGAAUGACAAUGAGCUGUACCCUAUUCCUAAGGAAACCGCCGAUUUCCUGUAUCUUGAGCCGGCGAAGUUCCCGAUUCGUUCAGCAUCCUUUCGUACGCAAUCUGGUGAAGUGAUCGGUCUACUUCCCAUCGGAAUUCAAGGUCUGCUGAAUUAUGGGAAAGAUACAUUGGCGGCAAAGAAGCUCAAAGACUGGAUCGACGCCGGCUCAAACCCCAAAGCGAAGCCCAAGUACAACAAUCUUCCGAAUUUGCCUCGGAGGGGUAUCACGAGCAACUUUCUCCCAAUGACUCCGUGGGAUCUGGAUAUGAGUCUAGUACGUGAUCCGAGAUACCCCCAAGCAAGCCCAAGGCUCUUCGUAGAUCCUGUCAGCGGAGCCUUUGGCCGUGGGAGUUACGUCAAGCUCGAGAAACGGAUGUCUGUUGAAGUUCUUGGGACCGGCCUGGCUACCGCCAUCCAAGGGGUCCACCUGGAAGCCGAAGCCCCACUGAUAUCCUUGGAUGGUAGGACCAUCGUAUCAAUUGGCAACUCCGGGAGCAUUGUAUCUUCCAUUCGGAGUAAUGCCGGUACCUGGUCGCCUUUUGCAGAUAUAGUAUCGAUUACACCUAAAGAAACCCCGAGGCGGGCUCGUGCCUUGGCCGGCGCAACCUUGUCGGACCAGUCGACUCAUGUCUUCUUCGUUGCUCGCGAUCAAACUCUACAUGUCGUAUCGCGGUCAUCCGCGGUCGCUUCGUGGACAGGUCCGACGCAGCUCCAUGACAACCGCGUACAUGGCUUCACUACACUUGUUGCUGUGCCCGCGCCGGGGUCCGGGCGAACAAUAAGCCUCUUCCACGUCUCGGUGGAGGGGCUGCUUUCGCAAAGCGACUUCACACCACAAUCUGCCCCAAGCGUAGCUCCACCGGCCAAGUUCUCGUACAUCGAGCCAACGACCGCUGGCAACCUUCUCAAGAAGGCCAGGGUGCAAACAAUCCUUGGCGAACUCUGUCUGGGAAGCGCUCUAGCUACCAUACGGCCACAUCCGUCCACGACAUUGGUGUUUGGUGUUCACCGGCGCACACUCCUAUUGACGCUCUUCGUCCACAGCGUGGCCUCUAACAGAUGGAUUGCAGCAAUACAGCUCGGCACCGUGCCUGACCACAAGGUCUUUGCUCACAGUAGACUUGCGGCUUCGCAGCCGAAUCCAAGUAAUACACUACAUGUACAGAUCGCAGCCGUGACAGCCUCAGGCGUGCCUGCUAUCUUCAACGUGGUCGGUACGCCCAGUCCAAGACCAAAUACGAUGCCCACCUGGGGUCUCGCCGCACAACCAGGCCCGAUGCCUGCAAUGCAGAUCUUACCCCGAGUCCGUCCGUCAAAUAGAGUGGCACCUGAGCCAGCCGGAAGUGUGUCUGUGCUCCAGUGGAGUGUCAAUCCUUUCAGUGACAUACAUUUUGGAGUAGAUCCGACGUUUGAUGCAAAGGCAGCCGGAAAAGACGCAUCAGCUGAGCGAGUCGUCGCGAUGGCGGGAACCGGUCCAGACAGCGCUGUGGGAGUUCUGUUCAGGCGCAUUUCUAGACCCAGUGAAGACUGGUUUCGAGCACCAGCGUGGGCAGCAAGCGAACUUUCCCCAACGACGGUGCUCCAUUGA